AUGACCAUUACAAAAGAAAACAGAUUUACAGAAAUAAGCUUCGAAUCCGCUGAUUUAUUAAAUUCAAUUUUUAUAAUCGACACGAAACAAAUACAAUGCUCAACAAAAAUAUAUCAUGGUGUUUACCAUAUCGUAGAAGAUGGUAUUGGCCACUUAGAAUAUCCGGAUACAGUUUAUUACAAAGAUGGAAAAUUGGAAAAAAGUAUUUACCCUUAUAAAAAUAAUUUGGAAUUAAUCGUUCUCGGUUUUCACAAAACGGUUUUGACACUUGAUACUUUAUCGUUCCAAGACUUAACUUUAACAAUAAGAGCAUUAACAAACAAAAUAUAUAACUUAAAUAUCAAAAAUUUGAAUUGUAAAAUUUUAAGAAUUUCAAUGUCAAAUUGUCAAAUUUCAAAAAGUGACAUCCAAAAAUUGACAAUUCCUGACACAACAAAUAUAACAAUAUUUGUUGAUAGUGAUGUUGUUAAGUUCGAUUUCUUGGCAUUAUAUGGAAAAAUAGAUACAAAUGGAAAAAAGAUUUCCGUAAAUCAAUUAGUAACAAAUAACUUUGUUUAUGAAACAGCAAUGAGUUUAAUACAAACAAAUCCUAAUUUGGAUUUAAGUUUAUCUUUAUUAGAUGAAGAUCAUUUGCCUCUAAAUGUCGAAUUUUACGAAGAUAAAAUUAAUUUUGAAUUUUACAAAAGUGACAAUUUGACAAUUCCUUUCAAUUUGUUUACUAUUUUGAAAAUAGACAUUAUGAACAUUCCUGACAAAUUCCAGAUUGAUUUCAAUUACACGGCCGAUAAGACUUCGAGUUUUAAUCGUAACUUUGUUUUCACGGGUCAUUGUAAAUCAGAUUUUUCAUUUUUGAUGCCAUUGAACUGGAAAAACAUUUCUCCAAAGGGAUUAUCAAUAACAUUACAAUCAGAAAACAAAGCAUAUUAUAAAACGAUUGAAGAUUACUCAGUUCCAGAUGGAAUUUUUAGUUUAUUGAAUGUGAAUUACAAAGGAUCAUGUUCAGGAAAAUAUUGUAUUCUUAAAGAUAGAGCUAGAGAAAGUCAUUCAUGUAUUUUAGAAGAAAGACAAAUGAUAUUUGAUGGUGUUAUGUAUACUGAAGAAUUCUGGACAACACCCGAAGUUUUGGAUGAUGAUAUAUCAGUUACAAUUGCAACUAGUUUUGUAAAUAUCUCUACAAAAACAAUGAAUAACAUGGAUAUUCAUUUCUCUUGUAAUAGUAUCAUCAAAAAUUUGUCAAUUUUUUAUGAAGAUGACAAAAAACCAAUAGAUUUGCAUUUCAUGAAUUUGAAUGUUACUUUUAUUUCGUCUGACAAAAAUAUUGUUAUUAGAGAUUUGGAAGUCAAAGGUGAAGUGAAUUUUGAGAUGAAAAACGGCUGUAAAUUGUAUGUCACAGAAAAAGUGAAUUGUGAAACUCAGAAUUAUCCAAAUUUCUAUCAAUUUAUGAACAUUAGUCAUACAGCGUUUUUGACAAUGUAUUUUUUUGGCAUUGAAGAGAAAUUAGUCGCACAUUUAGAUUAUAUUUAUUUGCAGACAGAGAAAAGUUUUCCAAAUGUUUAUAUUAUGUGGAAAGAUUUUCCACAUAUUCAUUUCCAUAUUGGACCUUUCUUUGAUAAACCUGAUUAUCCAUUCGAAAUGAUAUUCGAAUAUCCACAUAAAUCAAUGAUAGAAAACAUGUUCGAAAUUUAUGGUGGAAGGAAUAUUAAUUAUAUUAAAUUCCCUUCUAUAACCGGCCAAGAGAAAUACAAACCAUCAAAAGAAAAAGGAAAAUUCACAUCUCAAUUCAAUGAUUCUUUCUAUUGUUUCCAAACAUACAGUGGUUUCAUUCCAGACACAAUUUUUGACUUUUUGACGCCUUAUAAUACUACUUUCCACAAAAAUGCUACUUAUUGCUUGUAUAAGAAUGAUUUCAGUCAUUGUCCAAGUUUCAAAAUGAUGUAUAACUAUCAUGAAGGUGAAGUUAUUGAAUUUGACAAAUUGGGUGAAAAAUAUUUUGAUUCAAUUGAAUUAUACAUUGAUGGAGGAACGGAAGAACAUCCAUGUAUAUUAGGAGAAUCAUUUGCUGAGUUCGGUAUCAAAUUUGAAGCAACAUGGGAGGAUGUUCCUGUUGUUUAUUUGAAAUUCCCUGUUGUCAAAAGAAUUUCAUCUGUUAAAGUAUCAAUUCAAUUGAUGAAAAAUGCUGUUGUUGAAUAUCUAUUUUUGGGAUUCCAAUCGAGAUUAUACGGAGAAGGAAAUUACACAGGAAACUAUUAUAUUGAAAAAAUUGCUUUGAAUGAUGUUGUUAGAUUAUGUCAUUAUAGUUCUCAUAUUUAUUAUGAUUUCAUUGGAGAUGCAGAUGAAAAAGAUUCAUUACCAAAAGUAACUAUUUAUAAUGAUUAUUUUACAAUCGGUGAUUAUGUAAUUAAUCGUUCCCAUGGAAAGAACUUUUAUAUGAGAGCUACAAGACCAAAUAAACUCGUUUUACCAUUGACGAUAGAUGUAAAUUUGACAAAUUCUGACACAUACAUCAAAUACUUCCCGAAUUUCAAGUUCGAAAUCAAUCAAACAUUUUAUAUAAUAUUUGGUGAUUUUUGGAACGAUAAAACGUUCACUUCACCUUACAAAUUUGACAUCAUUUCACCAACUGGUUUGAAAGUUUUUGUUUGUUCGAAUAUGGAAAAAUUACCUGAUAUAUUCAAUAUUCCUCAAAUAAUAUAUAAAGGAAAAGAUGUUAAAAAGAUUGCUUUGUUUGAUGGAAACGAAAAUAAAUGUCCGGAAACAUUCACUUACUCCAAACAAAGAACAUUUCCUUCUUUAGAAUUUUCUGAAGAAAAUGUUUUAGUUUUAGUAAGUUUUGCAUUCUGGGGAAAUCCAUUGACAUUAUAUCAAUGUAUAGAAGGAAAGAAUCUUCAUUUAAUUGCAUGUAAUAUAGGUCAUGAAGCAGAAUAUAUUAAUUUGAACUUUACAAAUCCGAAAACUCUUGAAAUUGAAGGUUAUUGCAAUUUAUGGAUUGGUUUUGACAAUUCCAAAGUAGAUAAAUUGAUAAUGAAAGAUGAUAGAAUCAUUAUGAAUCAAUGUACCGAUUUGCAAGCAAAUGAAUUCGAUUUUACAUCAGAUUGUCUUCAUUAUUUCUCUGGUUUCAAAUUGAAAGAAAAUUCUGUGAUGAAUUUAAGAUUGAUUAAUCCUUUAAAUGGCGUGAAAUUAAGUUAUGGAUUCUUCACUAUUUCUACUAAUGCUUCUGAAUAUUUCAGAUUUGAUUACCAAUAUUUUUCAAGUGUAACAAUCAGAGCGAUUGCAACUCAUAUUUCUUUGGAUUAUAAUGGAACACAAAAACAAACUGUUCCUUAUUUACCAACAGUUAUUUUGGAUCAAAGUGCAAUGCAUACUUAUGUUAGAUUCACUGAUAGAUGGAAUAUCUAUGAAAUUAUAUCAGAAAAAUUAGGAUCCAUUACAAAACCGCCGUCAAAUUCUGUUACUUAUUAUUCUGAAUAUUAUGAUUAUCCAAAAUUAUCAUGGGAUCUUAGUAAUAUUGUUGUUCACAGGAAGAGAUUAGGUUUCUAUUGUUUAAUGAACAAUAAAAAUACUUCUGAUGGAUGUCCAGUUUAUUCUGCACAAAUUGAUGUAACAAAAAUGGAUCCUUCCUUCGAAAAACUUACUUGCGAUGAAAACAACGUCGUAAAAUUCUGGUCAACAGCUCCUUUAGUUAAAAUUGAUAGAAGAUUCUUCAGAUACUACGUUUCAUUGCACGGAUCAACUUCAGAAAGAGGAAACUAUGAAAUCAUGGAUGGUGAUGAACCAGGAGGAAAUAAAAUCACUCUCAAAAACUGUGAUGUUUUGAUUAAUGGAAAAACUUUGUCUUGUUCAGAUUUAGCUGUUAAUAACAUACAGGUUAAGAAAGGAAGUUCGUCUUUUCUUGUUAAUGGAAAGUUGAGUGGUCCUGUCACUGAUAUCUCGAAUAUUCAACCAUAUUUAAUUUCAAGUUCAAGUUGUUUGAUUGAUUUUUGUCCUCAAGAAAUUGUUUUCUACAAAACUAAGAUUUUUGUUAAAGAUAGAUCAGCAAGUUUGGAUUUGGAAUUAAGUAAUUUAGGACAAUUAUCAUUCAGAUCAUUUAGUUCUCCUUAUUUUGUAAUGAGAAAUGAAGAAGAAUAUGAAUAUAGUUAUGAUUUGUUGACAGUUGGAGAUUCCCAAAUUUUCUUGGAUUCUUCUAUUUAUCGUAUUCAGUCAAAGAAAGAUAAACCAAGAAUUAGACAUAUUUUUGGUGUUUUGGUGUUGAUUUCGUCGAUGCUUGAGCCACCAAAAACUGUGGAAAUUCCUAUUCCUUCGACAACAGUUAUUUAUAGAUUUAUUCCACCAAGAACUCCAUUGUUCACUCUGCAGCCAACUUACGUCCAAACACCACAUAGAACUCCACCAAAAACGCCUGUUCCAGUAAUACCAUCGAAUUUUAAACCAAUUGCUUUAGUUCUUGGAAUAGGUAUGUUCCUUGAUUUGGUUGGAUUCAUUUACUUGUCUUGGUGGCUGAGGAAACAAUGGGUUAUUGCUGGAUUAAGUAGCAUGAGGCCACUUGUGUUGAGUGCUUCAAUAGAAUUAGAAACAUCUGCUAAAACUCCUGAAGGACUUGCUGCUAGCUAUGUUUAA